AUGUACGUGCUCUACACAGCGCUCUGCCCGUUCCUAGGGCUGCUCUGGUUGAUGGACGUGUCUCGAGCACAAGUCAGGGCGUGGUUGCAGCGACAGGGCUCAGCUGCAAUGGAGUGGGUGCAACAGCAGGGCGCUGCUGUAAUGGCGUGGGUGCAGCAACAGGGCUCCGCUGUGAGGGCGUGGGUGCAGCAACAGGGCUCCGCUGUGAGGGCGUGGGUGCAGCAACAGGGCUCCGCUGUGAGGGCGUGGGUGCAGCAACAGGGCUCCGCUGUGAGGGCGUGGGUGCAGCAACAGGGCUCCGAUCCUUCCCACUCCGCCUCUGCUACCACUCAUCCGAACCCAUUCUCCCUCUGCCUGCCCUCUAAACGCCUCUCCCCUCACCAUGCCACAGACACUUCGGAUAUUCCCGCGUCUCCACGAUGCCAUGUGAGAAUCACUGGCCUUGCCAGCUGUGCUGGAUGCUGUUGUCUCGUGUCUUGUCACUUGUGUUGUCACAUGUCACUGGCUCUCCUGUGCUGUGCCGUCCAAGGAUCCUUUCUCGCUCCGUGUCGUUCCAUGUACUGCAUAUCGUAUCUCCUCACGUUCUCGUAUGCUCCUAUCCUCAUUCCCCUUAUUGCCUUACAUAUGUCGUCUCAAAUGCUCUCGUUUCCAUCCCCAUGUGCUGUCGCGGGCAGUGAGCUGUGCACGUCAGGAAUGCGAAGCGUGAGUGAAGCUCUUGUGGCGGCUUUCAGGCAAAGGGAAGGAACAGACGCGCUGAAUCAAGUAAUGGAGAGGAGAAUAAGCGCUCUUAACAUGCAGCUUGCAGCAAUAAGGAGAGAGGUGGAUGAGGCUGAGAGGAAGAGAGCAGCGGAAUGGAGUGAGCUGCAAAGGCAAGUGGAGGAAAUGAGAGAGAGAGAGCAAGCAGUGGUUGCUGAGGUGGUCAGGGAGAGGGAAGAGCUGGAGAAGGUGAGGAGGGAGGUGGAUGAUCUGAGGGGGCGAUUAGCAGAAGCAAUGGGCAGGGAGAGGCGUGAGAUCAGAAAAUGGCUGAACCUGAUGGUGGCGGAGAAUGUGGAAUGGGCGAGGUACCAACAGAUUGCGGAAUGGGCUGCAGAUAAAUGGGCGGCAGAGAUCGAGGAAUGGGCGGUGGUGAAACGGAUAGCAGAGGAACAGGAGGCAGAGGAACGGGCGGCGGUGGGACCGAUGCUUGCAGAAUGGGCAGCAGAGGACCAGGCUAUGGCGAAAUGGGAGGCAGAGAAAUGUGCGGCAGAGGAACGGGCACUGGCGAAAUGGUUGGAGAUUGAACUGGAGGUGGAGGAAUGGGAGGCAAAGGAACGGGAGGAAAAGGAACAGGCGGCAGAGGAGCGGAUGGUUGCACAAUGGGCAGCAGAGGACCAGGCGGAGGCGGAAUGGGCGGCGGAGGAAGAGGAACGGGCGGUGACAGAAUGGAUGGCAAUACAACAGGAGGCAGAGGAGUGGGAGGCAGAGGGGCGGAUGGUUGCAGAAUGGGCAGUAGAGGACCAGGCGGAGGCAGAAUGGGCAGCCAAGGAAGAGGAACGGGCGGUGGCGAAGUGGUUGGCAGUGGAACAGGAGGUGGACGAAUGGGUGGCGAGGAACAGGCGUUGGUGGAGCUGGAGGCAGAGGAAUUAG